ACCCACCAGAAGAAAUUAAAGAGAAAAAAAAAACUUUUUCUAAAGUCUUUUUGGUAACCCUAAAACCAACAAGGAAUCUGAAGUUUCACUAUCUUCUCCAUGCAAGUUCCGAGCGGAAAUAAUUUGAUGACGGAGAAGGAGGACGGGAAGAUUAGGUCGGAGGUGAAGAAGAAGAAUACUAUGACGACGACGGAAUCAGAUCAUCAUCAGCGUCAUCGUCGUCAUCCUCAAGAUAAUCAAACGCAAGACCAAGAACAACAACAAGAUAAAGAUCAAACAUUGCCUCCAGGGUUUAGGUUUCAUCCUUCUGAUGAAGAAUUAAUCACUUUUUAUCUAUUGAAUAAGAUAUCAGAUGCUAACUUUACAGGAAGGGCUAUUACUGAUGUUGAUCUCAAUAAGUUUGAACCUUGGGAACUACCAGGGAAGGCGAAAAUGGGAGAAAAAGAAUGGUAUUUUUUCAGCCUAAGAGAUAGAAAAUACCCAACAGGAGUGAGAACAAACAGAGCAACAAACACAGGGUAUUGGAAAACCACAGGGAAAGACAAAGAAAUAUUCAAUUCCAAUACUUCUGAGUUAAUUGGAAUGAAGAAGACAUUGGUGUUUUAUAAAGGGAGAGCCCCAAGAGGAGAAAAGACCAAUUGGGUUAUGCAUGAAUAUCGCCUUCAUUCCAAAACUGCUUUUAGAACUGCUAAGGACGAAUGGGUGGUUUGCCGAGUAUUUCAAAAGAGUCCCGGAGCUAAAAAGUAUCCUCCGAACCAAUCAAGAGCAGUGAAUCCUUAUGUCAAUCUUGAAAUUCCCUCCUCUCUUCUUCCACCACCCAUCAUGCAGCUCGGGGACCCUUCCGCCACUCAGUACGGCUAUGGAAGAAACUACAUAACCAGCACAGAGCUGGCCGAGCUUAACCGAGUUUUGAGAACUGGAGGUGGUGGUGGCGGCAGUGGUGGAGGAUCGACUCAUGGUAUCAAUUUAUCGAUGCAGCCCCAGUUUAACUAUCCAAAUACAGGAGGUUGCUUUACAAUAUCUGGGUUGAACUUGAACCUUGGAGGAGGUAUAUCGCAACCAGUUUUGCGACAAGUGCCUGUGCCGCCUCCACCAGUGGCAACAACAAUGACAAUUGGUCAGGAUAUUGCUUCGUCCGUUAUGGCAAGUACGAUCACUCCCGAGACUGCCUAUGGAACGGAGAUCAACAACAAUGCCAAUGGACCUAGCAACAGAUUUAUGAACAUGGAUCAUUGCAUGGACCUAGAGAAUUACUGGCCAAACUGGUAAAAUGAAGCAGCUGAUCAUUAGCCAAAUUAUGCAUAGACAUAGUUCUCACUUCAUACUUCUCCCUUCGUUGGAUUUCACGAAACCACCUUUUUCUUUUCUUUUCUUUUUUUUCUUUUGUUGAUGUGUGCCGUUUUAACUCCGAAAUUGGAGUCUACUCGUAUCAGUAAGCAGUCAAACAGCUCUUUUUCGAUUA